CUUUGUGCAUAUUCACAUAUCAAAAGUUAUUAUCGUCAUCACUCACCCGUCCCCGCACAUAGUUGUCUCUCACCACAACUGUCACCUGGCACCUCUUCCUUAGACUCUUCCCCGUCCAAAAUAACAUGGAAAGAUAAUGAGACGAGUGGUAGUGACAGGCCUCGGUGCCAUCACUCCCUUGGCCGUCGGCGUCCGCCCCACCUGGCGCCGGCUCUUGGACUCUCACUCAGGCAUCGUCAGCGUCGCCGACCUCGAGCCCCAGGACAAAUGGAAAGAACUCACCAGCACUGUGGCUGGCCUUGUUCCUACGGCUUUGAGAAACAAGCAGAAUGUUGCUGAGGAGCAGACUUGGAAGGCCGGGGACUGGCUGGAACCGUCAGACCAGAGACGCAUGUCCCUCUUUGCCCAGUAUUCUGUUGCUGCUACCGAGAUGGCCCUGCAAGAUGCUGGAUGGAAGCCCACGAAGCAGGAAGACCUUGAGGCUACAGGCGUCUGCAUGGGAAGUGGAAUCGGCAACUUGGAUGACAUUUAUAGCACCAGUGUCACGUAUGACAAAGAAGGCUACAAGAAGGUCUCCCCUCUCUUCGUUCCCAAGAUUCUCAUCAACCUCGGGGCCGGCCACAUCGCCAUGCGCUACGGUUUCCGUGGACCCAACCACUCCGCCACCACCGCUUGCACCACCGGCGCUCACUCCAUCGGUGACGCCUCCCGUUUCAUUGCCUUUGGCGACGCCGAUGUCAUGGUCGCCGGCGGCUCUGAGUCGUGUAUUCACCCUUUAACUUUUGCUGGCUUUGGUCGGUCUCGCUCGCUAUCUACCGCGUACAACCACGAUCCGACAUCCGCCUGCCGACCCUUCGACAAGGACCGCGCCGGCUUCGUGGUAGCUGAGGGUUCUGCUGUCCUUAUUCUGGAGGAGCUCGAGCACGCCAAGAGACGCGGCGCCAGGAUCUUGGCCGAGCUGAAGGGGUAUGGAUGCAGUGGUGAUGCGCAUCACAUGACGGCGCCGAGGGAGGAUGGUUCAGGAGCGUUCUUAUCUAUGAAGAGGGCGCUCAAGAACGCGGAUGUGAAGCCGGGAGAGGUGGAUUAUAUCAACGCCCAUGCUACCGGAACGGCUGUGGGGGAUGCGGCUGAGGCGAUUGCCAUUCGGUCGCUGAUGAUGGGCGAAGAAGGAGUGGACAAUGAAUCCAAGAUUACGGUGAGCAGCACCAAGGGAGCGAUUGGUCAUCUUCUUGGUGCCGCGGGGGCCAUUGAAUCCGUCUUUUCGGUUUUGGCCAUCGCUGAGGGAGCCAUACCCCCCACUCUCAACUUGACCAAUCCCAAUGUCGGUGUUGGAUUCAAUUUUGUCCCUGUUCAGGCGCAGCAAAAGGAAGUCAAGGUGGCCAUGUCCAACAGCUUUGGUUUCGGGGGCACCAAUGCUUCCCUAGUAUUCUCAAAGUUCGAGUAGGCAUCCUAGCUUGAGGCAAUGCUGGGAAGGGCUCCGUGCUAGGUUUGUCCGUUCACUGGCCUGUACAUGUAUCAUUACCACAAGGGCAUAUAGGGCGUUCAUUUUCCGGAUAGAAUCUCACAGAACGGAUAAAGCUCACGCAUUGUAUAUAGAAACGGCGAAAAUCUCACUGUAUAAAUAUAUCAUAUCCAUGGCGCUA